AUACAAUAUGUGUGUGUGCUCUUCAUCCCCUCUGCUUUUCCGCACCUUCCUACUUCCUUCCGGUUGUGUUCGGUAUGUUUCGCUUCAGGGAAUUUCUACGCAAGCGCACGUACUAGCGCCGGUAUUUCCUACGGCACUGGUCAACCAUCAUUCGAAACGAGAGGCGCUUUAGUCUUCACGUGAACGGCAAUUGGUAGAGUUGAAAAGUUGCAGAUUUAGAGAAAAUUAUAAAACAACGUGUGCAAGAGUGUAAUAAUACUGUUCGGGGAUCAUAAAAAAAAAGUGUCAUCACAAUACUAGACAAAUAGUUGGUGAAUCAUGGAAACAAAAGGGAAUAAAAAUCCGAAUGAUAAAUAUUGGCUGAUAAAGUGAAAUGCGUCGAUUUCCGUUAAGUGGCUGACAAAAGCAUCUCUUUGGAUUUAUUACGCGGGUGAAUCAGUAGUUUGAAAAAUGAAGAACCGAAAGCUGGGUAUCUCCAGAGCUUUCGUCUGUUGUUCCAACAUCGUAUUUCUAUUGUCGGGAUUCGCGCUGAUGUCAUUAGGAGCCUUGCUAUUGGCUGACAGUGAUCGUGUUCUGCUGUCAAGAUUGUUAGGAUCGGGAGAUGCUCAUCCCGAACAACCCCUAUUUUAUUACUUAGCCUUCGCCAUCGUAGGAGUAGGCUUUGCUAUUGCCAUUACUGGACUUCUUGGAUGCUGGGCCUCCUGUCUCUUCAGCUGCUGCAUCACUGCUUCGUAUCUAAUCACAAUCAUUCUACUUUUACUCGGGGAAUGUGCUCUCUGCAUUAUUGCUGUUUUCUGGCCCCAUCUAUUGGGCGUUGACGUAAGACCCGCAAGAUUAGUUCGAGCCUUACAAAGAAGUUACGCUGUACCCGGACGCGAACAGUUCACAGCUGCUUUGGAUCUGGCCCAGACUGCUUUCUCUUGCUGUGGUAUAAACGGCAGUAGCAAUUAUGGCACCUCCUGGUGGCGACUUCAGGAAGUUGGUCGAAGAGAGUUGGUAGUACCACUGAGUUGUUGUACCCUGAACAACACUCAUGUUGCAGACUCAUUCUUGAAUCCUGAACCCACGAACCUUACUCUCUGUCAAGCUUUGAACCCUGCUGAACAUCAAUAUGCUCGGCAUACUGUGGGAUGCUUGGAGAUGAUAGAAAAGUGGGCACAAGAUCAGGCCCUGACUUUAUUAGGAAUUGGCUUGAUGAUCAUCAUUGUAGAGAUCAGCGCAUUGCUCAGCACUCUUUUCGCCUGUUCAAAAAUUUCGAAGAAUAAAAGCGUGGCCCAACCAUCUACGUUUACAUCGACGCAAACGCUUAGUCCGUUCAAUGAAUUGGAUCAUGACUAUGGAUUGGGCAUUGAGAACAGGAUGAACAUGGCAGGGACAACAUUUGGCGCCAAAUCAUGAAGGUGGCUGGAGGGCAGUGAGGGGAGACUGACGUCAAAGACCGAAAAUACAGAGUCAGAAGUGGUCAAGAAGAAGAAUGAAGAAGCUAGAGGAAUCGGAAAGAGCAUUAUUGAGGAGUGGCAAAAUCCUUCCAAUGAUUCGAAAAUGAUCAUUAGAAGCGAUCAGCUGUACGAGGAACGUGGAGUGGACGUAAAAAUGGAUCAUAGAUCCUCUUUCGGUCACAGCAAUAAAAACGAAUCAGAGAAAAAGAAGUACGACCAUACCGGACUGAAAGGUUUAAAAUCGUCAUACAAGUUUAAAGACCACACGAAGGAUAAUCGCCAUGGUACAGAGGUGUUGAUCCAGAUAAAGAGACCUCAAGAUGGCGGCACUGUCAGAAACAUACCGAUCAAAGAUUAUCAAGCUUCAAUAGCACAAAACUUUGGUACUCUGAGAAAGUCAACAGUGCCGCAGCAGCAAUUCGAGUCAUUAGUUUCAGAGCCAGAGAAGACGUCGCGUCAAUCAGGAAAAAAGAAAACGCGGGAAAGUUUGAAGAAUAUUCGAUCACCCGAAGAGAUCGAGGUGACUCAAGACAAUAAACCUAUUCGUGAAGAUUCGGAUGAUUUCGCCGACUUGAACGAGUAUUUUCACAAGGAAGUGAUAGAUGACUCGAUGGAGAAGCACAGAGAGCAUCGUACCAAAGAAUCCGAAGUAGAUGGCGCCACUAAGAAACAAGAAAUGAUUGAUUUAAGGCGCGGGCAUGUUGGUAAAAAGAUAUCCGUUUAUGAAGAAACUAGUCGCGGCACUAAACAAGAACGGGAUUCGAAGCGUAGAAUUUCUGAGAUAAAAAAACGAACCAUUGGCGUUCCCUUGGUAGGUAUGCACAAUGCUUGUGGAUUGCCUGUAAUAGCCCCAUGGCCUGAUCAUGUCUUGAAAACGAUACGCAUGCCUAAUAAACUCACAGAAAAUUUAGAAUCUAUUUCCAAAAGAAGGCACAGUAAAAAUCCCAGAAGUCGUACUCAUCCAAAACGUAAAGCACCGCAACCGAAUAGCUCCUUAUCAAAAGCAGUUAUUUUACAUUCCAGACAAGAGAGCAAUAGCGUCCCUAUUCAUUGCAGGACGCUUAGACGUCCUUCUUAUAGAAUUGGUAAAAACAAUACACUUCCUAUUAGAAAUACGACAUUCAGAAGGCGAUCUAGUAAAUCGGAAAUAAAAAAGGACCCAAUCAGCACUUUGGGUAGAAAAUCACUCAAGAGACGCAGUGCUAAACGGACGACUUUAUAUGCAAGAGACGAUGGGGUCGAGGCUGUUAAGGCUUUGAAGAAUUUAUGUCUGAAUCCGCUUGCACGUACAAAAGGAGAUGCGCAUAUGAUUUGGUAAAGAAUAGAUAAUGCUUGCUGCCCUCAUUGGCUUAAUGACAUUUUUAAUGGACAGUUUUGUAUGUUGCUGUAUAUUUAUUUGUAUAUGGAUAUGUUAUACAAUAUUGAUUUUAUUUUGAGGUUUUUUAAAUUAUACUGAUGAAUUUUAUAAAGUGCGUAACAGUAUGUAUUAUUCGAUUUGUUUUAAUGAUGAGUAGGGAGAUGCACAACACUACGGUUU